AUGGGUGACCAAGUGUCCGAGCGAAAACUUGAUCUUACCUCAUGGCAGGAAAACUGGGCGAACUCAGCGGACUUUCAAUUCGGCCUCGCGGAACUGAACAACGUCGUUGCUCGGGAAGAAUUGCUUAGGAUCGCUGCUGCGCGGCUUCAGACGAAGCUAGAAGCACCAAGUGGCGACGAGGAGAAUGGAGCGGCUGGACCCAAGGCGGGUAGACAACGACCGCCGAAGAUCGAAGCUGAGAUCGCUCAACUUCUUCCCUGCAUCGGGGAAACGAAGGAAACGAUCCGCAACGAGAUCUGGGACCAACUGGACAUAAACAAUCUUGUCCGCUUCCCAAGACCUUGUCACGGGCGAAUUCCCAAUUUCCAGGGCCACCAGCGCGCGGCCAAUCGCCUCUCAAAGUGCAAGGAGUACUUGGAGGCGCGGACGAUCACGGUGAACGAGAAUGACGCGCAGGAGAAAGUCCGGUAUCUUUCCCUUUGGGACCGGAAGGUCUUACUUGUUCCUGCAAGUCUCGAGGAGGGAUUAAUGUGGGAGAUCGACGGGAACGACAUCACUGACAAGAAGUGCAAGCAGGCCGCAUCAAAACGUGGUUUGGCAUCGGCUCAAUUCGGCGGCGAUCGACCCAAGAGACUCCGUGACCUCAAGGGCAAGCAUCUAGACUUGGUUGUCAUAGGCUCUGUCUGCGUCUGUCCAAGGACUGGCUUGAGACUAGGAAAAGGGACGGGGCUAACUGACCUCGAGUGGGGGAUGCUCUUCGAGCUGGGAGUCGUCGACGAGCAUACUACUGUCGCUACUACUGUUCAUGAUCUGCAGGUCAAACCACUUCCCGGCUUUCUGAAGACGGAGCAUGACGUGACAGUGGAUAUCAUCUGUACUCCAACUAAAACAAUUCGUGUCCGGAAUCGCAAGCCCCGUGCAACGGGUAUCAACUGGCACGAGUUGCCGGAGCACUUCGGCGAGUUGCCGCCAGUUCGCGAUCUGCGCCGCGCCAAGCAGCUCAAGGAGAGAAGAAUCUCGGAAAUGAACCAGUCCCAAAGUGGAUCAAGCGCCUCGUGCUCCGCUAAUGGCAGUCUCAACGGAAACGACGCCGUCGAUGUCAACAACCACGACAUCGAUUCCUUUUGA